UUCAUGACGUCUCCUCUACUCCCGGCAUGCACGCUUCAACUUAUUGCUAAUGGCGGGUUUUUGUACGAAACAUGCGCGUUUUAAGCUUUUGCACGUAUAUUAUUUGCACUACUAAUAUAUUGGAAAUUAGAAUUAUUCGGUUUGCGUGUUAAGAUUGAUUUCGGAGGAAAAAUAACGCCAGAAGCUAAGUAAUACGAGUUGAAAAUCCUGUAAUCAUCAUGAGGCAGCUCUCUUUACUACUGUAACUGAACUACAUUGGAAGGCAGCUUUUGUUUGAAUGUGAACUUUAGUUUUAGUCGUUGAACCCCGCUUUAAUGUGGUUUACUAAGUUUUUUAAUAUUUGAACGGUACCCAAGAGAGCACAUUGCGUAUACUGUUAAAUAUAGGAAUCUCAGUAACUACGCACUGAGCGGAAAUGAUUUCUUCAAAAUAUCCCCUAUCAAUAAUAUUACUUUUAUUGAUCAACGUUGUAAAAAUACAUGGCAGCUCUAAAUUAAAUAUACCCAAAGUAUUAUUGCCAUUAGCCAGAAGUACAAGGAUUAACUUUACUCUUGAAACUACGGAGGGCUGCUACAGAUGGACUUCAACUAGACCAGAGGUAGCCAGUAUUCGGGCUGUGGAAGAAGAUACGAGUAGAGGAUGUUCUAGGAAAGCUCUUCUUCAAGCCAUGUCCACUCAGCCCUCCAGACUGACUAGCAUAAUUUUGGCUGAAGACAUUGUCACAGGACAGGUACUUCGUUGUGAUGCCAUUGUGGAUGUUAUCAAUGACAUCCAGAUUGUCUCUACAACCAGAGAACUGCACCUGGAGGACUCCCCACUUGGUCUUAGGAUUCAUGCACUGGAUUCAGAAGGAAACACCUUCAGUACGCUGGCAGGCUUAGUUUUCGAUUGGACUCUGGUAAAGGAUCUUGGAACCAAUGGUUUCUCAGAUUCAUAUAAUUCACUGAGGGUGCUUAAGUUCUCAGAGUCCACCUACACUCCUCCAACAUACAUAUCAGAAAUGGAGCGUGUUGGAAAGCAGGGCGACAUAAUUCUAGUUUCAGGACUGAAAACAGGACAUGCUAAAUUGAAGGCCAAAAUACAGGAAUCAUUGUAUAAGGAUGUGGGUGCUGCUGAAGUGAGACUGUUGAUUUUGGAGAACAUAAUGCUUAGUCCGGCAUAUGACGUGUACCUGCUUGUGGGGACUUCCAUCCAAUACAAAGUACUGAAGAUACGACAGGGCACAAUUACUGAGCUGGUAAUGCCUUGUGAUCAAUAUGAGCUGCACCUUGAGAACAGUGUAGUUGGGUCCAAUGGAAAUCCUGAACUUGCAGUGGCCAGUCUUGAUCAAAGCAGUUCAAAAGUUACUGCAGUUCAACUCGGCCAUAUCAAUGUGGUGCUCGAUCACAAGAGUCUUCGAAUGCAAGGAGUGUCUCGCUUACCCAACAGCACCUUGUAUGUUGUUGAACCUGGUUAUUUAGGCUUUAAAAUUCAGCCUGGAGAUACCUGGGUCCUUGAAACAGGCAGAGUGUAUGAUAUUGUAAUUGAAGUAUUUGAUAAGACUGGCAACAAAAUUCACCUUUCAGAUAAUGUCCGUAUUGACACUGUAUUCCCUGCGGAGUACUUUGAAACUCUGGACUCAUCACUGAAUGGAUCAUACCACAGAGUAAAAGCACUCAAUGAAGGCUUAACUCUAAUUGAUGCCACUUUAACAUCUGUUGUUGGAGAAAAUGGCAAAAUUUUUACCCUCUCUAAUCCAGUCCACAAUGAGCAAGAUGUAGAAAUCUAUAACCCCAUAGUUUUGCGCCCCAGCAUUCUCACGUUUCCAUGGCAGCCGAAGAUUGGAGCUUAUCAGUACACCAUACAGGCCUCUGGAGGCAGUGGCAAUUUCAGCUGGUCCUCCUCCAAUAAGGCCGUGGCUACAGUGACUGUGAAAGGGCUGAUGACAACUGUCAGUGAUAUUGGUCUGAGCGUGGUUUAUGCUCAUGAUCUACGGAACCCGCUGCACUUUGGCAAUAUGAAGGUGUAUGUGGUAGAGCCGGUUGCCAUGGAUUUUGCUCCCUGUCCUGUAGAGGCCAGAAUCGAGCAGGUCCUAGAGCUUCCCCUCAGGAUCUUUGGUCUACUCGAGGAGACGGAGCAAUAUCAAGUGAUGCUGAGCGACUGCUCCCACUUUGACCUGCAGGUAGAGGAGGAAAACCAGGGAGUCUUCCAGCUGCUAGAUGGGAGGUUGGCCCCGGGUCAGGACCACUGCAGUGGAGUGAGGGUAAAGGCUGUUGCCGCGGGUUACACCACACUCACAGUCAGCUACACUCAUGGCAACGUACACCUGAGCGCCAAGAUCACCAUUGCGGCAUAUCUCCCAUUAAAAGCUGUAGACCCUGUCUUUGUGGCAGUGGUGACUCUGGGCUCCUCUAAGGACAUGCUGUUUGAGGGGGGACCGUGGCCUUGGGUUUUGGAGCCCUCGAAGUUCUUCUGUAACUUAACAUCUGAAGAUGAAACUGCUGUGAGCCUCACUCACAUCAGCCCUCCAUCCUCCAGCUCCAAACAGCAUUGGGUCAGAGCCACAUGUAGAGCCCUCGGAGAACAGGUGCUGCAGGUGAUGGUGGGGAACAAAGCUAGUGUGACUAAUCCCUUCCCUGCGGUGGAGCCAGCCAUAGUAAAGUUUGUGUGUGCUCCUCCAUCUCGACUCACUCUGGUACCAGUGUACGACAGUCCUCAGCUCGACUUCACCUGCCCACUGCUGCAGCAGAACAAACAAGUGGUGCCUGUUUCCAACUACCGAAAUCCAAUUUUGGAGCUGGCUGCUUUUGAUCAUCAAGGAAGAAAGUUUGAUAACUUUAGCUCUUUAAGCCUGUUUUGGGAAUCAACAAAAGUUUCCCUGGCCAGCAUUGAGCCCACUAUGCCUAUGGCGCUUCAGCUGAUUGAGGAUGACAACAAUCAAAAGAAACUUCAUGGACAUCAGACAAUCCUUGUCCAUCAUCAAACGGGACUAGCUGCGAUUACUGUGACCGCAUUGGGGUACCAAGUUUCACAUCUUGUAGCAGCUAAAGCUUCUAGCCCUUACGAACCCUUGACCCCUGUGUCUGCAACUCUGGAGCUGUUGUUGGUGGAAGAUGUCAAAGUUACUCCUAACACUGUAACAAUCUAUAACCACCCUGAAGUGCGAGUGAAUCUUGCCUUGCUGGAGGGAUCUGGCCACUUCUUUGUGAACACUAGCAUUAAAGGAAUUGCAGCUGUCACAUUUCAGGAAGUUAAGAAAAGUGCUGAGGUAGCUCCACUUCACUCUGGAAUAGUGAAAGUGAUGGUUCAUGAUCUUUGUUUAGCAUUUCCAGCUCCAGCAAAAUCUACAAUUCACGUGUCGGACAUUUUGGAGGUUUACAUCAGAGUAGUGGACAAGGUGGAGAUUGGUAAAUCUGUUAGAGCCUAUGUGAGAGUAUUGGAUGAGAAUAAGAUGCCCUUCCCUGUUAGUUAUUUCAAAUAUAUGGGUCUGAAGCUCAAGGCUGCUUCACAAGUUGUCUCUUUAAAGCAUUUAGCCGAAUCAUCAGAAAAAGACACUGCAGUUUUCCUUGUGAAAGGUGUUGCUAUUGGACAAACUACACUGACUGCUGCAGUUGUGGACAAAAAUGAAAGAAAAAUUACAUCUGCGCCACAACCAAUAGAGGUUUUUCCACCAUUCAAACUCAUCCCAAAAAGAAUGACUUUGCUAAUUGGAGCAAUGAUGCAGAUCACAUCUGAGGGUGGUCCACAGCCUCAGUCCAACAUCAUUUUCUCAGUUUCCAAAGAGGAGGUGGCUUCUGUCAGUGCUAUUGGUCAUGUCAAAGGGGCCACUAUUGGCAAUGUCACAGUAACUGGACUGGUUCAAGCUGUUGAUGCUGAAACCGGGAAGCUUGUAGUUGUGUCUCAGGACCAAGUAGAAGUUGAGGUUGUGCAACUGACAGCCAUUCGAAUCAAAGCACCUAUUACGAGGAUGAAGACAGGGGCACAGAUGCCUGUUUAUGUGAUUGGGUUGACCAGCAGUCAGACUCCUUUUACCUUUGCUAAUGCGAUCCCAGGCCUCACCUUUCAUUGGUCCACCACAAAGAGAGACAUCUUGGAUGUUCAAACAAGACACACUGAGACUAAUGUGGAGCUCCAGGCAGAGAAUAAUUUUGGCAUGAGAGUGACUGGAAAAACCCGAGGAAGGACCGGGCUGAAGGUGAUACUGAGGGUGAAGGACCGUGCAGCGGGACAACUCGUGAACGGCUUACAUGAGCUUAAAGACGAGAUUCAGAUACAGGUCUAUGACAAACUGCGGGUGCUCAAUCCUGAAGUAGAGACUGGAGAAAUAUUGAUGGCACCAAACUCGGCCCUCAGGCUACAGACCAACAGAGAUGGGGUGGGCCUGCUCUCCUACCAGAUGCUGGAUUUCCCUGACCAGGCUGUUAUCGCACAAGUGGAUGAUAAAGGCUUCCUCUGCUCCAGCUCGCUUACUGGCAUCUCCUCUCUCCUGGUCACCUCACAAGAGACCUUUGGUGUCAAUCAAACGAUCAUUCUGGCUGUCAAGGUGGUCCCUGUGUCUUAUGUCCAGUUCAUUAGCAGCCCCGUCCUGCCAAUGUCCCUCAGAGACAAACUGCGAGCAUUUCCUUUGGGGAUGGUCCUCACCUUCUCCGUCCAGUUUCACUCCAGCAGCGGGGACCCUCUGCACAGCUCCAGCUCACGCCUCACCUUCACCACAAACAGAGAGGACCUGGUACAGAUGGGCUUUGGAGCUGAUAAUCACACUGUGACUGUGCGCACAGUGAACGUUGGGCUCACGCUGCUCGCUGUGUGGGACAGUGAGAACCCGGGCGUCGCAGACUUCAUCCCUCUGCCUGUGGAGCACGUCAUCCUCCCUGAUGACGCCACCAGACUGAUAGUGGGAGAUGUGGUCUGUUUCAGUGUCCCUCCUCUCAGCCCAAAUGGUGUCCAGGGCACGUGGAGCUCCUCUUCUAAUGGAGUGCUUCAGGUGGAUCCUAAGAGUGGUGCAGCUGUGGCCCGAGAUGCUGGAACAGUGACCGUGUACUAUGAGAUACCUGGAUUAUUGAAAACAUACAGAGAGGUGGUAGUGGAAGCCUCAUUUAGAACCACAGUUCAGGCUCAUGCAACACCUUUGAGAAGUGGCGAGGAGACAAAGGUUUACAUUUCAACCAGAGAAAGAGGAACCAACCUUAUAGGUACAUGUUCCUCUGCCCAAACUGAAGCCAUCCAUGUGCUCCAUCCUCAGACUUCUGUGAGCUGCCUCUUGAGUUUCACCAGUGACUCUGUCAGCUUCUCUCCAAACGAUGUCUUUAGAACGCACACCGGAUUCGACUGUAACAUGGGCCUGUACACUUGUUCCCUGACCUUGCAGUCUCUGUCGGAGCAGCAGAGCCGUGUGCUCAGCAUGUCCCGGACUAAUGUGCUGGUCAGAGCGGGGCUGGAGGGCAGUGCGUUCUCCGGGGAGCAGGUCAGCACGCAGUUACCUGUGGAGCCAGGCCUCUACUCUGACCAGAGCGAGCUGCUACUGUCCAGCCUCCACCCGUCUGCAGAGCUCACGGUAUACGGGCCCACGACUGCCCUCUCCAGUGUAGAGGCUGCAUCUACAUCUCCGGACAUUUCCGUGCAGGAGUCAGAGGUACACCACGGCUUCCCCAGUUUCAUAAAGUACUUGGUCUCUGCAGCACAAUCCACAGCUUCAGUCUCAGCCUCUGUCUCCAUCAUCUCCUCCUCUGGACAACGCCUGCUCAUCCCUGUCACUGUGAUGCAUGUGACUGAUCCCAGCGCUGCAAAACAAGCAGCUGCUGCUCCACUCGGGAGUUUGGAGGGGGGCUCGUCUCUGCACAGCUUCAUCAACAGCUACCAGACGAUGUUCUUCACCCUAUUCGCUCUACUUGCUGGUUCUGCCAUCGUCAUCAUCGUACUCCACACUUUGUUUUCACCAAGAGAACCACCAUAUCAUCCAGCCUUUAUCCAGAGAACUCCACCAGUAAUGGGUUUGAACUCCGCUGUAACAAACUCAUUCAAUAAUUCGAUCCCGAGGAUGGAUAUGACCAGGAGUCCAAGGUCACGGCUCUUCUCUCCUGAUUACAAGUCGUGAUGCAGCCUUCACUGUGGAGCACCUUUGGCCCUCUGAUACUUUUGUUGGUGCCUCAAAAUCUCAGGAGAAGUGCUUUGUGGUAUGAGACUGAACAAAGCGAAUGUCAUGCUAACAAAGCUUGGUACAUAUGCAAAUACAGUAUAUUCAUGUGUUAUGUUAUUAUUACCAGAUUUUCUAAAAUAAUAGGACGGACUACUUAUGCUUAUUUUGUGUGGCAUCCUGCAUCUUUUCUGUAUUGUGCUCACAACUUGAACAUAUUUAAUACCAAAUUUUCAGUUAUUUUUUGUUUUAUUUUAAUUCUUCAUAAUGCUGAGAAACAAUCACUAUUUUUGCUUCAAGUGACUGCUUUUGCUUUUUAUUUGUGUUUUCAGAUGUGAACAUUGGUGAGAAAAAAACACAUUCUCCUGUGACAAUAAGCAUACUUUACCUCUUUAUUUAUUAGGACAGAAUAGCCACGUGUGAAGCUAAAAUGUCCAAUUAACAAAACGCAUUGUGACAAAUCCUACAAAUGUGCAGAAAUGAGAAAAAAAAGUUUGAUAUUUUUCUGUUUUGGGGCAUUUGAAACAACACUGAAUUCCAUUAUAAACUGACUGAUUAAACAAUGUGAACCAGUUGGCAUGUGAACGUUUUAGAAUUUACCUGGACAUUUUUUUCUUUUCAAAGCUGUUUUUUGCAGAGUGGUUCUGUAUUAAGUGAAGCCGUCCAGGGGAGGAUUACUGAAGCACUGAAUCACAGGGGCGUGAGUGUGACUUGACUUUCAAUAACUGCAUUUUGAUUUGCCACUUAGCCUAUAAUUUGUUCAAAAAAUAUAUUUAUGUGUGUUGUAAUGGAUGGUGAAAAUGGGAAGAUGAAGAUGUUUUGUUUCUUACGAUCAGUCAUGUGUACAGCUCAUACCAGUUUGCUUGUUUGUAUAAACUCUUAUUUUGCUAAUUAAAAGUUUUUAUUCUUUAA